AUGGCUCACCAAGGACAAGCAGCCGAUUACUACAACCAGAACAUGGGAGGCGCACCAUAUCAGCAGCUGAACUAUCAACAGUAUCCUCCGCCCAAUACUGCGCCGCAACAGCCUUAUCACACGCCUCAGCAGCCAUACCAGCCUCAAGAACCCAAGUAUAGCACAGCCCCUCCUACGUACGGCGACAACUUCGUCGCUCCUCAAGACGACAAGCAGACCUUUCAGGAGACGUUCAAGAUCCAGAAACCCAAAUACAACGAUCUUUGGGCCGGGUUACUGCUCAUCGCAACCUUCUGCGGAUUUGUCGCCGUUUCAGGACUCACCCUGUACCGCUACUCGAAGUACCAUAGUUUCAAUGGAGGAGGGAUCUACGGAGCGUCGAAUGAUUUUUCUCUGGACACGAAUACGAUCAUCCUCUUCGCCUUCAUCCUGUGCGUUGGCCUCGUCUUCUCCUGGGGAUACUUCCUGGCUGCUCGCGCCUUCACGAAACAGUUCGUGUGGUUGACUGGCAUCCUCAACUGUGCCUUGGCAAUCGGCACGGCCGCAUACUAUCUGUAUCGACAUCUUUGGGGAGCAGGUAUUGUGUUUGCCAUCUUCGCCGUCUUUGCCAUUAUUUGCUUUAUCAGCUGGAUCCCGCGCAUCCCUUUCGCGGUGGUGAUGCUGCAACAGACGAUGGACGUUGCGAGAAUGAGGCGGGUGCAUGUAUUCCUGGUCAGCUUCAUUGGCGGCAUUGCUAGCGUGGUAUUCGCCGCGUGGUUCUCCGUCACUCUGGUUGCGAUUUACACGUCCUAUAUGCCUGGUAAUUCCGGCAGCACGGCCAAUCCAUCAUGCCCAGCAGCAGGCUGCUCAAGCGGCAAGGUCAUUGGACUCGUGGUGUUUGUGACCUUUGCCGGCUACUGGAUCACAGAAUGGAUGAAGAACACCAUUCACACCACCAUCGCCGGCGUCUACGGCUCGUGGUAUUUCUGCGCUGGAAAACCAGGGGGCAUCCCUCGGGGCGCGACCGCAGGGGCGCUGAGACGGGCCACGACAUACUCUUUUGGCUCCAUCUCCUUUGGCAGCCUCAUCGUUGCACUUAUCAACAUGCUCCGGCAAGCCUGCAGCAUUGCCCAGCAACAGGAAGCCGCAGACGGUAACAUCAUUGGGACCAUCAUGUUUUGCAUUCUUGGCUGCUUCAUCGGCCUUCUCGAUUGGCUUGUUCAAUUCAUCAACCGGUACGCAUUCUCGCACAUUGCUCUUUACGGCAAGGCAUAUAUCCCGGCAGCCAAAGACACGUGGACGAUGAUGAAAGAUCGGGGCAUCGACGCCCUGGUCAACGACUGCCUCGUGGGCCCUGUCCUAACAGUGGGGAGCAUCUUCGUGGCAUACCUCUCGGCGUUGCUGGCUUACCUGUAUCUGGAAUUUACUCAUCCGGCGUACAACGAGGGCCGCACCUUCACCCCCGUCAUCAUGGCGUUUGCGUUCCUCAUCGGACUGCAGAUAUGCCAAACGUUUACGACCCCGAUUGGUUCUGGAGUGGACACCAUCUUUGUGGCAAUGGCGUGGGAUCCCCAAGUGGCCAUGACAGAUCAUCCCGAGUUCUGGGAACGGCUCGUGCAUGUUUAUCCACGGGUCCAGCAAGUCCUGACUGGCGUGUGA